AACUGUCAAUAGUUUACAGUAUAGGAUCAGUGUGUUUCAGCACAUUCCGUAAUUUGUGUUUUUGGACGCUUAUCGCAUUACACUUUUAAACUUUUCUCCUUAUUAGAAUUAACAUUUUUUAAUCAAACAUGUCUGAGCCUUCAGGCAGCAAAGAUUCUACAUACAAAGCAGCAAUGGUCUAUGUGUGCGGAGAAUGCCAUCACGAAAAUGAGAUGCGACCCAGAGAUCCGAUUCGUUGCCGUGAAUGCGGCUACCGCAUAAUGUACAAAAAGAGGACAAAGCGAUUGGUUGUUUUCGAUGCGCGCUAAUAAUGUGUUUUGCAGUAACUUUAAAGAAAAUUAUUUGUAUACUUGGCCAAUAGUUAAUAAAACAUUCAUUCAGUCACACCGAAAA